GAGACUCUGGAGAGCAAGGCGGGCGGCCGGGGGGCUAAGCGGCGGGCGGCAGAGGUGAGGGCAGCACCCCAGCUCCACGCGGUAAAACGCGCCAGGCUCACAAGGGGGUGGCCCUAGGGGGUGAGGACCGGUCUCGGCUGGGGGCGGGUCGUGGGGCGGAGCUGGGGGCGGGUCGCCAGGACGGCCCGCCGGGGGCUGGGGCCCCAGCCGCUCAGCCGGAGCGCUGCGCACCCAGCCGGUCCGCCUGUCAGGCCGCCGCCUCCAGUCGCCUGGCUUUCCGCCCUGCGGCGCCCGGCCCUUCCCCAUGCUAGCACCUCGGACUACGGAAAACGGGGUCCCCAUGUCCCAAACCGAGGCUGACUUGGCUCUGCGGCCACCGCCGGCUCUCACCUCCUCGGGGCCAACUCGCUUGGGGCCACCUCCUCGGCGAGUGCGCCGCUUCUCUGGGAAGGCUGAACCCCGACCCCGCUCUUCACGACCGAACCGCCGCAGCUCAGUCGAUUUGGGACUGCUGAGCUCCUGGUCUCAACCAGUGUCAUUCCUUCCGGAACCCCCCGAUCCUCCGGACCCCGUUGGCCGCACGAAGAGCCCACCUCCUAACGCCAAAGAAACCUCCGAGGGCACAUGGACCGGGGCAGCCCCGGUGAAGGCUGCAGACUUGGCAAGUCCUGAGCUCACGGUACCUUCGGGAGGUCCCGGGUCCCGGGAACCACCGAGGCUUCUUGAUGCUGCAGCCCGGGAGCGGCGGCGGGAGCAGGAAGAGAAAGAGGACACAGAGACCCAGGCUGUGGCAACGUCUCCAGACGGCCGAUACCUCAAGUUUGACAUUGAGAUUGGAAGAGGCUCCUUCAAGACGGUGUAUCGAGGGCUAGACACCGACACCACGGUAGAGGUGGCCUGGUGUGAACUGCAGAUGUCCAGGCACCCUUGCUCUUCUUGCCGGCAUGAUCUCACUGACUCUGGGUGGGUUCCGGAGAAACUGAGGCAGACUCGGAAACUAUCUCGAGCUGAACGGCAGCGAUUCUCCGAGGAGGUUGAGAUGCUUAAGGGGCUGCAGCACCCCAACAUCGUCCGCUUCUAUGACUCGUGGAAGUCGGUGCUGAGGGGCCAGGUUUGCAUCGUGCUGGUCACUGAACUCAUGACCUCCGGCACGCUCAAGACGUACCUGAGGCGGUUCCGCGAAAUGAAGCCCCGAGUCCUUCAGCGCUGGAGUCGCCAAAUCUUGCGGGGACUUCAUUUCCUACAUUCCCGCGUGCCCCCCAUCCUGCACCGAGAUCUCAAGUGUGACAACGUUUUCAUUACCGGCCCUUCAGGCUCUGUCAAAAUCGGAGAUCUCGGACUGGCCACACUCAAGCGCGCCUCCUUUGCCAAGAGCGUCAUCGGGACCCCGGAAUUUAUGGCCCCCGAGAUGUAUGAGGAAAAGUACGACGAGGCCGUGGACGUGUACGCCUUUGGGAUGUGCAUGCUGGAGAUGGCUACAUCUGAGUAUCCCUACUCUGAGUGCCAGAACGCAGCACAAAUCUACCGCAAGGUCACUUCGGGCACAAAGCCCAACAGCUUCUACAAGGUGAAGAUGCCGGAGGUGAAGGAGAUCAUUGAAGGCUGCAUCCGCACGGAUAAGAACGAGAGGUUUACCAUUCAGGAUCUCCUGGCCCACGCGUUCUUCCGCGAGGAACGAGGUGUGCACGUGGAACUGGCAGAAGAGGAUGACGGGGAGAAGCCGGGUCUCAAACUCUGGCUGCGCAUGGAGGAUGCGCGGCGCGGGGGGCGCCCACGGGAUAACCAGGCCAUCGAGUUCCUGUUCCAGCUUGGUCGGGACGCUGCUGAGGAGGUGGCUCAGGAGAUGGUAGCCUUGGGCUUAGUUUGCGAAGCUGACUACCAGCCAGUGGCCCGUGCAGUCCGGGAACGGGUUGCUGCCAUCCAGCGGAAGCGGGAGAAGCUUCGAAAAGCUAGGGAGUUGAAGGUCCUUCCACAGGAGUCAGGACCUCCUCCAGCAACUGUGUCCAUGGCUCCUGGUGCCACCAGUGCCUUCCCCCCCGAGCCCGAGGAACCAGAGGCUGACCAGCACCAAUCCUUCCUCUUCCGCCAUGCUAGCUACUCAUCUACCACCUCUGAUUGCGAGACUGAUGGCUACCUCAGCUCCUCCGGCUUCCUGGAUGCCUCAGACCCUGUCCUUCAGCCCCCUGGGGGGGUGCCAUCCAGCCCCGCUGAGUCCCAUCUCUGCUUGCCCUCGAGUUUCGCCUUGUCCAUUCCACGCUCUGGCCCUGGCAGUGACUUUUCUCCUGGGGACAGCUGUGCCUCAGAUGCAGCAUCAGGCCUCAGUGACAUGGGAGAAGGGGGGCAGACGAGGAAACCUCCAGUGAAGAGCCUUCGUCGGAGACCCCGAUCCCGGCUUCGGGUCACUAGUGUCUCAGACCAGAAUGACAGAGUUGUGGAGUGCCAGCUCCAGACCCACAACAGCAAGAUGGUGACCUUCCGAUUUGAUCUGGAUGGGGACAGCCCGGAGGAGAUUGCAGCAGCCAUGGUGUACAAUGAGUUCAUUCUGCCCUCGGAGCGAGAUGGAUUCCUGAGCAGGAUCCGAGAGAUUAUCCAGCGAGUGGAGACCUUGCUGAAGAGAGAUCCUGGUCCUCCGGAGACUGCUGAAGAUGCCCUGAGCCCUCAGGCAGAGCCAGCAGCACCGCCUGCCCUCCCAGGCCCACCAAAUGCAGAGCCCCAGAGAAGCAUCUCCCCGGAACAGAGGAGCUGGGCAGCCUUCUCUACCUCUCCAUCUUCUCCUGGAACCCCCCUGUCCCCUGGAACCCCAUUUUCCCUUGGGACACCCCCUGUCUUCCCAUGCCCCAUCUUUCCGAUCCCUUCACCCUCAUGCCAUCCCUGCCCAUUCUCCCAGGUCUCUUCAAACCCCUGUCCGCAGACCCCCAGCUCCCCACUUCCACCCUUCGCUAGUGCUCCUCAGUUCCCAUUCCCUUCUUCUCACCUUCCUGUGAGUGCCCUCCCCACCAGCUCUCCCCACCCAUUCCCUCCAGGUUGUUCCCAAGUCACUCUCAGCCCCUCUUCUUUUCCUGCCUGCCCCUCUCCUCCCCCCCUCCCUGCUACCACAGCAGGCCCCCUCCUCUCUCUGGCUAGUGCCUUCUCUCUGGCUGUGAUGACCGUGGCCCAGUCCCUGUUGUCCCCUUCCCCUGGGCUUCUUUCUCAGUCUCCUCCAGGUCCCUUGCCUAGCCUGUCCCUUCCCCUAGCUUCUUGUGGCCAGGAGAGCCUUUUACCCCAAAUGGCGGAGACACAGAGUGAGGCUUCCCCAAAUUCUGCUCAGCCACUACUGGGAGAAGCUAGACUGGCGCCCAUCUCUGAAGAGGGAAAGCCCCAGCUUGUUGGGCGCUUCCAAGUGACUUCAUCCAAGGAACCGGCAGAGCCGCCCCUGCAGCCAGCACCCCCAACUCUCUCCAGUUCCCUAAAACUUCCAACCCCUGAGCUGACCUCAGAGAGCUCAGACACAGAGGACAGUGCUGCAGGAGGACCAGAGACCAGGGAGGCUCUGGCAGAGAGUGACCGUGCAGCCGAGGGCCUAGGGGUGGCGAUCGAAGAGGAAGGGAAUGACGGGGCCCGGACUGGAGGAAGUUCCCCGCUCUUGAGUCAUCCCAGCCCAGUGUGGAUGAACUACUCCUACAGCAGCCUGUGUCUGAGCAGUGAGGAGUCAGAGAGCAGUGGGGAGGAUGAGGAGUUCUGGGCUGAGCUGCAGACUCUUCGGCAGAAACACUUAUCAGAAGUGGAGACACUGCAGACCCUACAGAAAAAAGAAAUCGAGGACUUGUACAGCCGGCUUGGGAAGCAGCCCCCGCCUGGUAUCGUAGCCCCAGCCGCUAUGUUGUCCAGCCGCCAGCGCCGCCUCUCCAAGGGCAGCUUCCCCACCUCUCGCCGUAACAGCCUGCAGCGCUCUGACCUCCCUGGCCCUGGCAUCAUGCGAAGGAACUCCCUGAGUGGCAGCAGCACCGGCUCCCAGGAGCAGCGGGCAAGCAAGGGGGUGACAUUCGCCGGGGAUGUUGGCAGGAUGUGAAUUCAGAACAGAAGUCCUAUGUCUCCCCAACACCAGGGCCCACUGUGGCACCUGGGCUCUCAGAAUCUGAUGCUUUGGUGACCAGCUGAACUCAGAACACCCCAGCACUGAGGGGGCAUAGAAAGUGCGAUUGUGUUAUCCUGAAGAGAGUAAAACAAUGUGGGGGCUCAGCUGUAUGGAAAUGUCAUUUCUGUCCCUACCCCCCCUUCAUCUUUGCUCCUCCCCAGGCAAGGGCUAACCACUAAGCAAUCCCACUCAAGUCCAGAUGCUUCUAGAAGGCCAGCUGGGAGUGUAGCAGGUGUGCUUACACCACCAAAGUGAACAGCAAUCAAUAAAAAUACU